AAUUGCCUGUCCCAAAAUAUGAACCACCGGACACAAAAGCACUUUGUCAUGUGUACUAGUUAGUGACUUCUGAUUUGGUCCCUCCCACACCAGCCCUCUGGGAUAUAGUUCUCCACUCUGACUGACUUCCCACCCCUGCUCAUCGCUGCACAAGGAAGCCAAGAGGCACAGUCUCCAGACUUCGCACAGAUUUCUCCUUGGUCCCAGCUCUGUGUCAGCCUGGAUCCUGUCUCUCAAUUUCAGUUCAGACAGCCCCAGAAGCCUAGUGUUUGUCCAAGCAUGACAAUUACAUAUGAAAACUUCCAGAACUCAGGAAUCGAGGAGAAAAAUCCAGAGAUUGGAAAAGCGGCUCCCCCCCAGUCCUUCCUGUGGAAUAUCUUCUCUUGGACCCGCCUCCUCCUGUUCUCCCUGGUCCUCGGCCUCCUGCUGCUGGUGGUUGUCUCUGUGAUUGGAUCCCAAAAUUCCCAGUUAAGGAGGGACCUAGGCACCCUGAGAGCCACUUUAGACAACGUCACCUCCAACACAAAGGAUGAACUGCAGGCCCUGAUCUCCAGGGGCAACAGCUUGCAGGAGAAGAUCAGCUCCCUGAAGGUAGAGGUGGAUGACCACAGGCAGGAGCUGCUGGCAGGACGAGACUUGAGCCAGAAGGUUUCUUCCCUGGAGAGCACGGUGGAGAAAAAGGAACAGCAAUUCAAAACAGGCCUGUCUGAAAUAACGGAGCGUGUCCAAGAGCUGGGGAAGGACUUGAAGUUCCUGACAUGCCAGUUGGCCAGCCUCAAGAACAAUGGCUCUGAAAUGGCCUGCUGCCCUCUUCACUGGGUGGAGCACGAAGGCAGCUGCUACUGGUUCUCUCAGUCUGAGAAGUCGUGGCCUGAUGCUGACAAAUACUGCCAGCUGGAGAAUGCUCACCUGGUGGUGGUCAACUCCAUGGCAGAGCAGAAUUUUCUUCAGGGUCAAUUAUCCAACAUGGUCACCUGGAUGGGCCUGACGGACCAAAACGGGCCCUGGCGAUGGGUGGAUGGAACUGACUUUGAGAAAGGCUUUACGCACUGGGCCUCAGAGCAGCCCGAUAACUGGUAUGGGCACGGGCUGGGAGGAGGAGAGGACUGUGCCCACUUCACCUCCGAAGGCCGCUGGAAUGAUGACGUCUGCCAGAGGCCCUUCCGCUGGGUCUGCGAGACAAAGCUAACCAAGAAUAGCUAGAAGCCCGCUCCACUUAAUUUAUUUCUUCAGUGUCAAUGCCUUCAGCUGCUAAAGCCUGGGAUUUGGAAUCCUAUCCAGUCUUGACAUUCUUGGGGAUGGUUUUUAUUGAGAAUUUUAAGGCAAGGAGAAAGGAUUGUGUUUGAGAUGGGUGGUGUGGUGUUCGGAAGAAUGAGGUUAUUGAAAUCUGUGAUAUUUUGUGCAGUGUGCAGCUUAGUAUAACCAACUUUUGAAUGUAACAAAAAUUAAAUACGUUUUGUUGA